CCACGCUCUAAAUAAUUCAAGCCCCCAUUCCCUUCUCCUCCAACGCUAACAAGAUGCCGGCCGUACAUCACAAACUGCUACUGGAGGACGCUUUGCAGGACAGUCCUCAGACUCGCUCCUUGCUCAGUGUGUUUGAGGAAGAUGCUGGGAUGCUCACAGACUAUACCAACCAGCUGCUACAAUCAAUGCAGCGUGUGUUUGGAGCUCAGAGUGAGAUGGGAUUGGCCACAGAGCAGCUCUCACAGCAACUUCUGGACUAUGAGAAGAAAAAUUUUGCCCUUGGAAAAGGUGAUGAAGAGGUAAUCACCACACUGCAGAACUUCGCCAAAACUGUAGGGGAGCUGAACUCGCUCCACUCUGAGCUAGCCAACCAGAUGGCUGACAGCAUGGUCUUCCCCUUGAUCCAGUUUCGAGAGAAGGACCUCACAGAGAUAAGCACACUGAAGGAAAUAUAUGGCAUCGCCACUGACGAGCAUGAGGCAGCUAUGGUCAAGUAUAGCCGAUUGCCCAAGAAGAAGGAGAAUGAGAAGCUGAAGGCAGACUUGGUGAAGGAGGUGGCUUACACUAGAAGGAAGCAGCACCAGGCCUCACUGCAGUAUUACUGCGCCCUCAAUGCCCUGCAGUAUCGCAAGAGAGUAGCAAUGCUUGAGCCCAUGUUAGGCUACACACAAGCACAGAUCAGCUUCUUCAAGAAAGGCAUUGAGCUGGUGUCAAAGAAGAUGGACAGCUUUCUUUCCUCUGUGUCCAACAUGACUCAAAGUAUCCAGGCCCAGCUGGACGCGGAGGCGGAGGCCAUGCGUGUGUCCCAGAGGGAGCUUCUGUCUGUGGAGGACACUGUCUAUAUGCCAGAUAAGGACACUGAGCCUGUCAAUCGCACUCUUAUCCAGAAGGCUGGCUACCUCAACAUUAGAAAUAAAACAGGCCUAGUGACCACAGCCUGGGACCGACUGUACUUCUUCACCCAGGGAGGGAACCUCAUGUGCCAGCCACGUGGAGCUGUGGCAGGGGGCAUGGUGCUGGACUUGGACAACAGCUCUGUCAUGGCUGUGGAGUGCGAGGACAGACGCUACUGUUUCCAAAUAACCUCCCCCUCUGGCAAAACGUCAAUGAUUCUACAAGCUGAAAGCAAAAAGGAGUAUGAAGAAUGGAUUUGCACUGUCAACAACAUCUCCAGACAGAUCUACCUGACUGACAACCCAGAGGCUGUGGCCAUUCGACUGAACCAAACCGCCAUCCAGGCAGUCACCCCCAUCACCAGCUUUGAGAAGAGACAAGAGGGCUCUCCCAACCCUGACAGAGCGAAGCCAGGAGGUGCACAUCCUGCCAGCAGUAGUUCCCAGAAGACAGGGGCUGCUCCCGAACCAGAGGACCUGAUAGCCCCUGGGACGCCCAUUCAAUUUGAUAUCAUGCUGCCGGCCUCUGAGUUUCAAGACCAGAACAGAGCCGGGGGGAGACGCACAAAUCCGUUUGGAGAAACAGACGAUGACUGUUCAACAGAAAGUGACGACUCCCUCCUGCAGCAGGUAUUCGCCGUGCGCUUCCUGGGCUCCAUGGCGGUUCGCUGUGGCGACAAUCAAGAGGUGAUCUACGAGGCCAUGAGGCAGGUGCUGGCUGCCCGAGCCAUCCACAACAUCUUCAGGACCACCGAGUCCCACCUCAUGGUCACCAGCAGUAACCUCAGGCUGAUUGACCCUCAGACUCAAGUUACAAGAAUAAGCUUCCAGCUUGGAGAGGUGUGUCAGUUUGCAGCCCACCAAGAGAACGGGAGGCUGAUGGGAUUUGUGGUUGAGGGCAGAGACUGGAGCGACGGACAUGAGGAGGGAGAGCCCUCAUUUAGCGCCUUCGUCUUCGAGAGCAACACAGAGGGCGAAAAGAUAUGUUACACCAUAAGUUUGGCGAAGGACAUUACAGAAGCCAAGAAGGACCCUGAGGCCCUGGCCCAGCUGAUGAAGAACAUGCCACUUACCAACGAUGGCAAGUUCCUGCUGCUGGAGCCUGAGGCGGGCGACAUGACCAACGGAGCAGGACAAGAAGACCUGGAGUCUGAGGCCUAGCAAGAAUCUGGAACAAAAAAAAAAAAAAGACAGGACCAGGACCACAGUCCGACUUUUACCCAGGCGAGAAGGCUUUCCCUGGAUGAA